UUGUGGUUGUGGUUGUGGUUGUGGUUGUGGUUGUGGUUGUGGUUGUGGUUGUGGUUGUGGUUGUGGUUGUGGUUGUGGUUGUGGUUGUGGUUGUGGGUGGGUAUGGGUAUAGGUGUGGACGUGAAAGAAGACUAAGACAACACCCACACACCCACACUCACAACCACAACCAAACCCACACACCCAUACCCACACCCUCACCCGCAUCCACACCCACACCCCACACCCACACCCACACCCACACUCACUCACCCACACCCAAUUCUUUAUGAAAUAUUGUGUAUGAUACUUGAGUGGUUCUCAAAAAAUGAAUACUGUUAUAAGGUUAGUGUAGCAGCUGAAAAAUUGCAAAAAAGGUACUCCUGAUGGUCCUUAAAAAGUUACUGAGGGUAACCCCAGAUUGCUCUUGAAAAGUUACCAAGGAUACCCUCAGAUAGCCCUUGGAAAGUUACAAAGAGUACCUAUAGGAAGCCGUUGAAAAGUUACUAAGGGUAGUCCCAGAAAGCCCUUGAAAAGUUACCAAGGGUACCCACAGAUAGCCCUUGGAAAGUUACCAAGGGUACCCCCUAUGAAGCCCUUGAAAAGUUACCAAGGGUACUCCCAGAUAGCUCUUGAAGAGUUAUAAAGAGUACCACUAGGAAGCUCUUGAAAAGUUACCGCGCCAACCCCCAACUAGCCCUUAAAAAGUUAAAGGAGUAUGUCAAGGUAGCAGUGUAGAAUUGUUCUGCAUAUACGCAUUAGCAUUAAAAAUAAUGCUAAAUUAAUGCUAACACCUAAGCAUUAAUUAACGCUAAUGCUAAUGCUAAUGCGACACCCCUACAUGAGGCUCUUUAACUGAGUAACGCGAUCUUCC